AUGUUGCCUCUGAUUUAUCUCCUGUUCUUAGUUACCUUAGCAGCAACUUCAAACGAUCAAACAGUUAAUGAUGAAACGUAUGGUAUUCUUCUGGAUACCGUCUUUAAUACUUGUGCAGCAUGUAAUAUAGUUAAGAAUACUGCCAGUCAAAUAGCGCCAAUUGAAGAGAUCAGAAGCAUGGUGUUUGAAUUUUGUAACACAAUACCGAAACAUAUUUUUGAUUCCUGUGAUCAUAUCGGCUCAAUGAUUUUGGACCGAACCUACAGCUAUCUAGAAAACUUUGUAUCAAACAAAGAAUCAUGUCAACGUUUCUGCGGUGAAAACACUAAACGAAUAACCUUUGAAGUAUUAAAAGAGGUGGCAAAAGAAGCUAGAAUGAAUAUGGCUCCUUUUGUGGAAAAUUUAGUAUCCGAUUUGAUGAAAUUAUGCCUAACAGCCCCAAAUCCAUUUGCGUGCGUCAAUGAAAAGUUGGUAAGGAAACCCAUACUGGAAGGCAUUGUAACACGUACAGUGGAUCGAGUUUAUGGCAUGAUAUUCCCAACAGGUGUAAAAAAACAAGGAGGUCAACAAUCAGAGAAGCAGAAACCAGAAGAAUCGCAAGAGAACCAAAAAAAUGCUGAUGACGAUUCACCACCAUCAAAAAUUAUUUGCGACCUGUGCGAAACAGUAAUGCUUUUCCUCAAACAGACAACAUCCACCGAGACCGAAAUGGGACGCGAAAUACGAAAAGAUAUUACUGAUGCCGUAUCUGAGACAUGUCAAAAACACCUCGCUGACACUGCCGUUGGAUGUGAGAGUUUAGCAGAGAUGGUCACUGCCUUAAUCGACAAUUUACUGGAACGCCUAAAAAAUGGCGUAUGUAACGUAAGUGUUCCUCUUAAAGCUGAAACUACAUAG